AUGGUUACUGGCAGCUCCCGCUGUGAUCAGUUGGAUUGGCGACGGACCUAUGGCGAUCACGAGGGUGGCCGUGCCCUUGCCACGAUCACUCUCACCACCGUGCAGCGAGCCCCCAUUGGGCACCUUCGCGGCUGGGCUCGCCUCACAACUGGCCAUACAAAUGAUCGGCCGGGCGGCACUGUCUGGAACUUCCGGCGAUUCCCCGAUGCCCCCCAACAGUUGCCUACCCUAGUCGCGAAUGAUGGCGCGGAUUUGCGGAAUCCAAUUUUCUUGGGGAAUUGA